AUGGGCUAUAAGAAAAGCAAUGUAGUUUUCAUUCAUAAUUGCCACAAACUCAUCCAACUUUACAAACAAGGAGAGAAGCAUCAGGUUAUAGAAAAAGAUUAAGGCAUUGGGAUUAUUAUGGGGCGCGGAAAGAUAGCAAUCAAGAGGAUUGAGAAUCCGACCACCAGGCAAGUCACCUUCUCGAAGCGACGAGCUGGGCUUUUGAAGAAGACUCAUGAGCUUUCUGUGCUUUGUGAUGCUCAGAUUGGUCUCAUCAUCUUCUCCAGCACUGGCAAGAUGUGGCAGUACUGCACUGAUUCUUUCAGAAUGGAACAAAUCAUUGAAAGGCGUCAGAAGGUUACAGGGACUCGUAUUCCUGAGCACGAUGGCCGGGAACAAUUAUUCAAUGAAUUAGCAUUGCUGAAAAAAGAAACCCGGCAUCUGCAGCUCGGUAUGCGACGCUACACUGGUGAGGACAUGGGUUCCAUACCAUAUGAAGAUCUAGAUCAGCUUGAACAACAACUUGAAUGUUCUGUUGAGAAGAUCCGACAAAGAAAGAGUGAGCUCCUACAACAGCAGCUGGAAAAUCUACGUAGGAAGGAGCGAAUGUUGGAGGAGGAAAACAGCAAUAUGUACAGAUGGAUUCAGGAGCACCGAAUGGCAAUAGAGUAUCAGAAGGCUGCACUGGAAGCAAAACCAGAUGAGACACAUCAGCACCAAAUGUUGGAUUAUUUUCAGUUCUGUGGAGAACCCAGUAGUGUGCUUCAGCUUGCCACCAUAUCUGAUCAAAUGCACCCUUAUCAUCUUCAGCUUGCUCAACCCAACCUUCAGGAUUCCAAUAUCUAAAACCUCACUGCAGAGAGUUAGGAUUUCAGCACAUGGCUUCUUGUGGUAAAGAAGAAAGAUUAGGUUGUGAUAAUCAAAUUGCAGGCUCACAAUUCAUAGUGGAUUUGGCUAUAAUUAUGCAUUAAAUUAAUCUAUGGUUUUAUGUUUCUGUGGAGUGUCUGUUUGUUUAAUUCUAACAUGUAUUACUCUUUCUACGUAUGAAUCAAGCUGUUUGCUUAAUUAGUUA